AUGUCGAAUCAACGCAGUGUCACGCCAUUUGAGCAACAAGUCUUCAACUUGCUUGCGCGCGACAACCCGCCACAUCCAGUCAUACUGUCACAACUUAUCGCCUCCAUGGACCUGCGAUACAUCACGAGACUGAGGUCUUCGAUCGAUGGCGAACGUGUGAGCAUGCUCCUCUGCGCCGCAGCAGAAAUGCAUAGCACUGCCACGGGUGCUCUCGCCAACUCGACGUUCAAGAUGAAUGAGGAAGCUUCUGACGCAGCACCUCGAUCAUCUUCGGAGAACGCAUCAUCUGUCCAUAUUGCCGCACCUACCAGUACCACGUCGUCCGGCAACAAGAUUGUACCUCAGGAACAAGUCAGCAAGGCGCAUGAACGCCACGAGGAUGAGAAUGGGAUCGCCAACCUGAGUGAUCUGGAUCCGGAAGACGAGGAGCUGUUCGAGUCGGCGCGUCUGCUCUCACAGGCGAAGCCAGUUGCCGCAAUCCCUCUCCCACGUAACCACAAGGCGAAGGCAGUGACUGUAUUGACGGCGAACGCGAACGAUGCCAAAGACGCUAUGGGCACGCAGGAGGCUGGCGAGAAGAACGCUGGCAAGCAGGAGAAGAAGGAGAUGGGAUCUGACAAGGCGGCUCUUGAAAACAAAGUGCAAAAGCCCCAGCACCACCCACACUCGCCCCAUCGGAGUCUCGAAGAACUCGAUGCUGAGUUGGAGAAGAUGCAGUCGGAGGCGGCCAAGGCACCUGCGAAGAGCGGCGAUCAUCCAUGCUUUGGCAAACGAUCAUAA